CAGGCUACAGAAAUUGACCCUGUCUUAAAGACGGUGCUUAAUUAUGUUAAAAAAGGUUGGCCACGCAAGGUAAGUUGUAAAUUAAUAAGUCCUUAUUUCCAAUGUAAAACAGACCUGCAGUUUGAAAAUGGGACCUUACUGCGCGGGCAUAGGGUUGUUAUUCCUAGUACCUUACGGCAAAAAAUGUUAUCGCAAUUGCAUAGCUCACAUUUAGGCAUAAUAAAAAUGAAAUCCAAUGCGCGCGCUCGGAUGUGGUGGCCGGGCAUCGAUGCCGACAUCGAGCAGUGGGCCGCCUCGUGCGCCACGUGCGGCGCGCUGCGCCCGGCGCCGCCGCGCGAGCAGCCGGCGCCCUGGCCGCGGCCGCCCGGCCCCUACCAUCGUAUUCACAUCGACUACAUGGCAAUAGGGCAAAGAGUAUACCUGGUAGUGGUGGACGCGUACAGUAAAUGGCUGGAAUGUAUCUAUAUGAAUAACGGGUUCAAGACUAGUGUGGGAGGGAUGUUGUGUAUACAUGUACCUACAUCGUAUGUACCUAUCUAUAGCUAUAGAUGCAUAACCAACGCGCUCGCUGUGUGCCUUGUCAAACCACUCUUAUUUAGUAUUAAAUCAGCAACAGCCACAUUCGGUCGUUUUACUUAUAUACCUACCCGCAUAUAUAUUACUUUCGCUACGCUCGCGAUCCAAUAUUGCAAACUUUCGCUCACUCAGGUAUCAAUAUUGCAUACGUGCGGUUAA